CAUAUUAAUAUUGCGUCAUUUUUGUCACUCUGAACAAGAAUUGACCGUAUUUGCAUUAUGGUUUUGGUAGGUGUAGACAUUAAGAACGCCAUUCGCCUUAUUAGAAGUAAGUGUAGCCUAUCGGAAUGAUUUUGAAACUGAUAUUUCAAGGUUAAAAAUCAAAACACAACAACAACAACAAAACUAUACAGAGACUUUUAAAGCACGCUUUUCACACUCAUGAAUUUUCCAAAAUUUGUCUGAUGGCACACACAUAAUCAUCAUCAAUCGUCAUUUUUGUGUCCAUAAACAUUACCUACAUCACAGUGUCAUUUUCACCAGAUCUCUAAUAUAUAGUGUUUCAUAUCAUUCUGUGGUGGAAUUUAAACUACUCUCGCUAAUUUGAUCAGCUGCCAAGAAGCAUAAAUACACGCAAUCUCACUUUUAAUAAAAAUCAACCCCUGGGACAUAAAAGUGCCCGAAGUUGAAGAAACACCCAGCUAUAGAAAGCAAAUGUAGUUGUAAGUGAGCUGUGGAUGAAUGGAUGCAGUAUGGGCAGGUGGAUGGAUGAUGAAGCGGGCAGCAGCCGCUGUCACAUGAUCCAGUGAAGCUGAGAUCUGAGCGGAUCCAGAAGCGCAGCUCUGCACUCGCUCUCCAUCUCUUCUGAUGCUCGGUCUCUGUGAUUGGACAUCCUGAGAAGGAUGACUGGGAAAACUCAAACCAGCAAUAUAACAAACAAGACAGAUCCUCGCUCAUUGAAUUCCAGAGUGUUCAUUGGUAACCUCAACACUGCUGUGGUCAAGAAAACUGACAUUGAGCUCAUUUUUGCCAAGUAUGGGAAGAUCACCGGCUGCUCUGUGCACAAGGGCUUUGCUUUCGUUCAGUAUGCCUGCGAGAGGAACGCUCGAUUGGCUGUGGCUGGUGAGAACACCAGGGUGCUGGCUGGACAGACCUUAGACAUUAACAUGGCUGGAGAACCACGUCCUUACAGGCCAAAAGUGGGAUCCAAGCGACCUUUCUCCUUAUACAGUGGCUAUGAAUUUGAUUAUGAUUUCUACAGGGAUGAUUUCUAUACCAGGAUUUUUGACAUUCAUGGGAGAUUAGCACCAUCCCAUCGGGCAAUGAUUCCUAUCAAGCAUUCCCGUUUGGUUACACUCUCAACACGCAGGACAAAAAACUCUUUCCAGCCAAAGAUGUCCACCUGCUCUUCUUAUCUAAGAACGCUGUCAUCAGGUUCCUUAUGCUCUAUGGUGAAAUCCGAUCAGCUCCUGACAAUCAAACAAGAACUGUCCCAGAUAAAGAUUAAGAUCGACUCCUUACUGGGAAGGCUAGAGAAGAUUGAACAGAAGCAGUUAGCAGAAGCAGAUGCCCACAGGAAGCAUGAGAAGGCCUAUCAAUCUCUCUAUAGUGAGACAGAAGAGGAUGUGGAUCAGGAACAUCAGGACAUCAUCAGGAAGUCUUGGGAAGUGACUGAUGAAGGACUGGGACCAGCGCAUCUAUCAAGUUUACUAUUUUUGGAAGAUAUCCAGAUGGAAUUGUUCACCCUUUCAUGUCUAUUUAUUUAUAUGUAUUUUUCAUUCAUUCAACUGGUCAUAAAUGUACAUACUUGGGUAUGCAUAGUCAGACAAAAUGAAAGGAUGAAAACCGUAACUUAAUAUGUAAAAUAAUUAAUGUAUUUUAUCUAGCAAAUGUGAUCAGUUUCAGUGUCAUUGUCAUAAAGGUUUACAAAUAAAAAAAAAUUAAAAUGUAUGUGCAUUUGAUUUUUUUGGACAUCAUAAUUAUGUGAUUUAAAUAAUGUUUAUUGAAUGCACAUUUAUGUAUAAGUAAACUAUAAUAAAAUUAUUUAUGUCUCACCCAUUAUUAGGAAAAUAAACUACGUUUACAUCUCUAUUUCUUUUUUAUUUUUAUUGCAGUUUAUUAUAACUUAUCUGAAAAGUGUGGUAAAAUUAUUUUUGUGUUGUUAAUAUUGUGUGACGCAUUUGUGAAAUAAAAUC